AUGGCUUCAAAGGAUGACAAGGCGUUCAAAUAUCGCCAGGAGAUCAGCCAGAGAGACACGAGUACGUCCAUGAAGAGUCAAGGGGACCAGGAGUUUGUGAGAUGGGGAUCUCACUACGACCGAAAUGGUGGCGGUUGCCUUAUGAGUCACCUCAUCGGAUGUCUCCAAAUGACUCUCGGCAUGUUCGAACAAUGUACCGAGCCAUUGGUCGACAAUAGCAGCGACGCCGAGCCCGAGACUUUCACGGGGAAACCAACAUACCACAGGCAAUCUAGAGCAAAGGCGGCGGUCUUUGCGCGUGUUCAACGCCAGAAUAUGGAGCUGUUUCAAUCCGCCUUCGACCAAGUUCGCGGCAUUGUGGUCAACUCCGGCUUCAUGUCUAUCCUCGACAUCCCGUGUGGAGAAGAGCAAAAGGGAAGGGGCAAGCGUCUCAGAACCCCAGCGCCUAACAAACCUGUUUUCGUUUUUCCCAAGCGUGCGGAAAACGAGAAGAGACCAUACGGCUGGUCAGACCGGUUCACUAACGUUGCGCACAAGAUGAUGUAUGUCUCUGGUGAGACCGCCGAACCGUCGAUUGAAACUACCAGCAUGAUUGAAGACAUUGUGCGCCAGCAAGUGAUUGAGUUGCUUCGAAACUGCACUGAGCUCGCAGCUCGUCGUGGCGCGCGAGCCAUCACGAUCAACGACCUGAUCUUCCAAAUUCGCCACGAUCAAGCCAAGGUCUCUCGUCUGCGUACGUUCCUGUCAUGGAAAGACGUUAGAAAGAACGUCAAGGAUUCAGACGACAAGGGAGGCGAAGCCGAUCUUGGUGCUGGCGAAGAUCCCAGUGGGGGUGUUGUCCCUGGUGGCCCAGUCGACGAUGCGACCAAGAAGAAUAAAAAGGCCAAGGUUGGCCUGCCCUGGGAGCCGUCCUCAUUUUACAGCCAAGAAGUCCCCGAACGUGAUGACGAGGAGGAUGAAGAAGAGGAAGAGAUGAACUUCAUCACUCUCCAACGUCUCCGCAAGGCCGACGAGCGCACCAAGGCUAUGACGAAGGAGGAGUACGUGACAUGGUCCGAAUACCGUCAAGCGUCGUUCACGUACCGCAAAGGCAAAAGAUUCCGAGAGUGGGCUGGAUUUGGUAUCGUCACAGACAGCAAACCUUCUGACGACAUUGUCGAUAUCUUGGGUUUCUUGACCUUCGAAAUGGUACAGACCCUAACUGAGCACGCACUCAAGGUCAAGGAGCAAGAGGACCUGUUUAAGGCACAGAGUGGCGGUGAGAACGCAGGGUCAAAAAAGCGCAAGGUGGCGACUGGUCUCUUCGACCCGCCCAGCGAGGGACGAAGUCCCAUUGAGCCUCGUCACGUUCAGGAAGCCUUCAGACGCCUUCAGCAGCGACCCAAGAAGACUCGAGCCAUGCUCAAUGGUUCGAGGCUGCCACAGCAUACCGCGCUCAACAUUACGAAGCUCAAGGUCCAGCUCAAGUUGGCCAUCGCGCGCCUGCGCAUGGUCCAACAGCGCGAUGACUCCAUGGGAAAGACACAACGGCGCGCGAUGGCGCAGCUCCUCGAGGUGGGCAAAAUCGACUCUGCGCGCAUCCGCGUCGAGAACAUCAUCCGAUCCGACAUCACAACCGAGCUGCACGAGAUACUGGAGCUGUAUUGCGAACUGUUGAUUGCACGCGCGGGACUCCUCGAGGGUUCGACCUGUGACCCGGGGCUGGAGGAGGCCGUAAAGAGCAUCAUCUAUGCGGCGCCCAAAACGGAGAUUAAGGAGCUGCAGGUGGUGCGGACGCUGUUGGCGGAAAAGUACGGCAAGGAGUUUGUUCUUGCGGCGAUGGACAAUUCAGACGGUAAGGUGUCGGACAAGGUUGUCAAGAAGCUGAGUGUCACGCCGCCGCGGGAAGAGCUCGUACAGGGGUAUCUGGAGGAGAUUGCCAAGGCGUACAAUGUCGACUGGCCGAAGCGACCUCUGGCUGAUGAGCCGCCGGAACUGCUGGACGACGACGAUGACGAUAGUCCGAGUGGUGGAAUCGGAGUGAGAAUACCGGAAGGUCCGUUGGGAAACAGCUCUAAAGUGGCCAAGGAACAGGAGGAGCUGAGCAAGGCGACACCGCCGAGGACGAUUGGAGGCCCCAGCAGCCCUUUGACUGUCACGCCGCCGAGGAUGACAACGGACAAUGUCCAUCCGAAAGUUACGCUCAAUUCACUGGAGCUGAAGCCUAAUAAGAAGAUGGACACAGCAGCGCAGAAGAAGCCAGCUGCAAAGGGUCCAGGAGGCAACGUACCUGACAUAACCGAGCUGGAGAGGAGAUUCCAAGCUUUGAAACGUUGA